UAAAAUGUGGUGACAUAAUUGAAAAUAGUAUCUCAAACGAGUUAUCAUUUAACAUUUUUUUCUUCUCUUCCUUACCAUGAGUCAGGAAGAUGAAAAAUGGGCUUGUAGUUAUUGUACAUAUGAAAAUUGGCCCAAAUCUAUCAAGUGUACAAUUUGUUUGUCACCACGUCCCCAACAUUUGAUUUCAGAUGUAGCUCAGCCAAGUGAAAGAGAUAUUUAUAAGAUGGCACCUCUUAUAACAGAAUCUGAAAAUAAAUCUAAUCAGAAUGAACAAGACAGCAGUAGUGCCUUCAGUUCUAACAAUCCCUACAAUAAAUGGGCAUGUCCAGGGUGCACUUAUUUGAACUGGCCUCGUGCAACCAAGUGUACUCAGUGCCUCACAGCUCGCAAUGGGAUUUCUCCAACAAGCCCAACAUCUAUGAUUUUUAAUGUAGAGGCAGAAAGUUCGAUGGUUGGGCAGACACUUACAGACGAUGGUUUAAUAUCUCCUAAAUCUACUUUAUCUGAUAGUUAUCAUAAUGAUAGAAAUAAAUCAUGGACUAGAUCUAUAAAAUGGACGUGUGCAACAUGUACUUAUGAAAAUUGGCCAAAAUCUCAAAAGUGUAUAUUAUGUCAUACUAAUCGUCCUAAAAUAGAUUCAACUACAUCAAGACACAUUUCUCCUGAUGACGAAAACAAAGGCAGAACUCAUAUCUUAUAUAACGAUAAUAAUCAGCACUUAUCUCCACCAGGAACAUUAAGUACCUGUAGUAAUACUAAUAAUGGCAAUCGCCGAAAUAUUAGAUGUACUGAAGCAACUGAAAGACAAUUAUCAUCUACCUCUAGUAGUCAUACUCCUAAUAAUUAUUUAGAGGAACGUAGAUUACGCCAAUUACGCAGGAAGGCAAGGGAGAUUGACUGGGCUUGGUUAAAUGCCUGUACAGGUGUUGUUGAUGGUGAUGCAGAACCUGUGAUACAAUAUUUAUCAUUGAGUGGUGAUCCCACACGUCAGUUGACAGCUAGUGAAGUUUCAUUAUUAGGAAGACCAUCAGCUUUUGAUGUUGGUCAUACUCUCAUUCAUCUUGCUAUUAGAUUUCAGAGAGAAGAUUUGUUGCCAAUUCUUCUUUCGAAUUCGGGUGUUUCACAUCCUAUAGCCAAACGAGUCCCAUCUGACAUGAGUAAAGACAUUGCAGCUGAUAUUAGACGACAUAUAAGUGCUUCUUUAAAGCAGCGAAAAGGAGACUUUUCAUGUUAUUUUGUAACUGAAUUUGUUACUUUUGCUCUUCCAGCAGAAAUCGAAGAUUUUUCUCCUCCUGUACAGCAAACAUUAUUUGAUGAACUUUUAGAUAGAGAUGUACAAAAAGAGUUAGAAGAAGAGUCACCUAUUAUUAAUUGGAGUCUUGAGCUUACGGAAAGGCUAGGUUCACGGCUUUAUGCUUUGUGGAACAGAAGUGCUGGUGAUUGUUUGUUAGAUUCUGCUCUUCAAGCUACUUGGGGAGUAUUUGAUCGUGAUAAUACUUUAAGGAGAUCUUUAGGAGACAGUUUAUGUGAAGCUGCAUCAAUAUUAUAUCCUAGAUGGAAAGAGGCUGAAACUUUGCAAGCAAAUUUACUACAAUUUUCACUAGAUGAAGCACAGUGGCAAGAAGAUUGGGCUAUGCUUUUGUCCUUAGCCACACAGCCAGGUUCUGCUUUAGAGCAAAUGCAUGUUUUUACUCUUGCACAUAUUUUGAGACGUCCGAUAAUUGUUUAUGGAGUAAAAUAUGUCAAAAGUUUUCGAGGUGAAGCCUUAGGAUUUGCAAGAUUUGAAGGUAUAUAUCUUCCAUUACUUUGGGAACCUAGCUUUUGCUGGAAAUCUCCAAUUUCUCUAGGUUAUACUCGAGGUCACUUUUCAGCUUUAGUACCAAUGGAACCUGAUUCUGGUGAUAUGCUUGGUGCAGGUGCUAAUAUUCGUACCAGUGAUGACUUACAGGUUGUUUUCUUACCAUUGAUGACGGCUGAUCACCAGUUAUUACCUUUGCAUUUUCUUACACAAAAUGAGGUAGGACGUGAAGAAGAGAUAAUGCGACAGUGGUUAGAUUGCUGUGUAACAGAAGGUGGUAUUCUUGUGGCCCAGCAAAAAAUACCUAAAAGACCACUGUUGGUUGCACAGAUGCUUGAAAAGUGGUUGGAUUUCUAUCGCACUCUGACUCAUAGACCACUUUCUUCACCUCCCUCUCCAGAUUCUCAUACACAAGGUUACUCGAGCGAUGGUGAUUCGGAUCAAGAAUAAAUAUCUUGAUGUUACCAAAGCCAAGUAACCCGUCCAAAAGUUAAAAGAAACCUUGAACUUAUUUAACAAUGUGUAGAUAUGAAAUUUGAACAUUUAAUGUAUAGAUAAAACUGUAAAUAGAUAAAAGAAUUGGUUUCUGAAGAAGAAUGAUUUUUCAGAAGAAAAAAUGAAAUGUAAUUAUAUUGAUGAGUUGUGCAUUAUAAAUUCAUCAUACUAUACGGACAUUAUUUAAAAUGUACUUGUUCACAUCUUACCAUCAUCUCAGAGCUUGUCAUUUCCUUAUUUAUAAUAGUAAUUAUAUUUUGCUAGCUUCCAUAUCUGAAUAUUUGUUUUAUUUACUGUUUAUUGUGAUAACAAAAGCUAGCAACAUUAUAUAAGCUGAAAUUUUAACAACGUCAGUUUUUUUAAUCCAUUUGUUUUUAGUAAAUUAUAUAAAUUAAUACAUCCCACUAGAUCUUGUUUGACAUUGUCACAAGGGUGUAGAAGAAUUUUGUUUUUUGUUACUGAAUAUUGUACAAAUUUGCAAUAUACAAUGAUUUACAUAAGAUUUCAUAAAAAUUUGUAGGUAAAAAAAAAGUUGAUCAUGUUUUUGUUAACUAGUGUAUAAAACAAUAGUAUAGCUAAUGAGAAAGAUUUUUAUCUGAUUUCAUUUGAAAUAGAAAUGUUUAGUGUUUGUUGCAUAGUGGCAGCUGUAAAAUUAAGAUUUCAGAUCAAAUUUGCACCAUUUACAUUAUUUAUCUCUCCUAUUGGUAUGUUAAUAAGAAAAAAAUAAUAAUAAUUUAUCAAAGGAAAGUUAACUACACUCCUAUUAUAUGAAUAUUAAAAAGUAGACACUUCCAAAGAAAAUAUUUUUAUGCAGAAAUCAAAUUCUAGAAUAUUAUAAUGUAUAAUUGUAGAUAUGUAAUAAAAUAUAUUGAUAACAAAGUAAAAUGAAAAAUGCUUGCAAUCAAAUUGCUUUUUUCCCCCUUUCUUACCAAGUUUAUAACAAGGAUAUAUAAGUACAGUGUGUUAUUUUCAUUGUGAUUUUAAACAUGAAAUUAUUGCGGAAUCAAAAUUUUUCUUUACUAUUGUAACCAGUUUAUAAAAAUUUAGGGAUUUAGGAAAUUUUGUAUAAUUCAUUUAAAAUCAUUAUAUUGUAUAAUUUAAAUAAUGAUGCAACAGUAAUUUUUUCACCAAGAACAACAACAACAAUUGCUAUAUCAUCUGAUUAAUUAAAAGACAAAAUAAGGACCAUCAUUUUCGUCCAUACAACUGUUGCAGGAUGUGUUCCAAUGUAAAAGUUUAAAAAAAAAAAAAAAAAAUUGUGA